AUGAUUCCACAUAUCAGAUGGUUUCAAAUCCCCGCAAAAGCUUUUUGGAGAAAAGUUAGUCCAUUUGAACAAAUCUUUCCUAAACAAUUAUAUAGAGAUAUAAUUGGAUUUCAUUUUGAUCCUGAUACCCCAACAAGUACCUUAGUUUUACCUCAUAAUGAUAAUGGUGGUAAGUGGGGAUUUACAUCAGACAGUUUUUUAUUUGCUUUUACAAGUAAAGAAGAUGUUAAUUCAGGGUACAUCGCGAGAGUUUCAAAUAAUAUUGAACAGCAAAAAUUUGCUUUAUAUUAUCUUUCAAACGUUGGACCUGCUUUUGGUAGUGGAACUGAUUUAUGUAUUUUAAAUGAUAAGUUAUGUAACUUUGGUUGUAAUUCUUAUCCUGAAGUUAAUAUUAUUUUCGAUUGUUCAAAUGAUGGAAAAUGA